GCGUGCCAUACCACGGUGCUGGCAGGGGAGCGAGCGGUGGGCAGCCGGCGGCAGGCUCGGAGGCAGAGUCGCAGCCCCAGCCCCAGUCCCAGCCCCAGCCUCCCUCCUGCGCUGCCCACCAGGAUGCAGUGGGCCGUGGGUCGGCGGUGGGCGUGGGUCGCACUGCUUCUGGCUGCGGUGGCAGUGCUGGCCCAGCUUGUCUGGCUCUGGCUGGGUACGCGGAGCUUCGUCUUCCAGCACGAAGAGAUCGCGCAGCUAGCGCGGCAGUACGCUGGGCUGGACCACGAGCUAGCCUUCUCUCGGUUGAUCGUGGAGCUGCGGCGGCUGCACCCAGGCCACGUGCUACCUGACGAGGAGCUGCAGUGGGUGUUCGUGAACGCGGGCGGCUGGAUGGGUGCCAUGUGCCUUCUGCACGCCUCGCUGUCCGAGUACGUGCUGCUCUUCGGCACAGCCCUGGGCUCCCGCGGCCACUCGGGGCGCUAUUGGGCUGAGAUCUCAGACACGAUCAUUUCUGGCAUCUUCCACCAGUGGAGAGAGGGUACCACCAAAAGUGAGGUAUUCUACCCAGGGGAAACAGUGAUGCACGGGCCUGGCGAGGCAACAGCUGUGGAGUGGGGGCCAAACACAUGGAUGGUGGAGUACGGACGGGGUGUCAUCCCAUCUACCCUGGCAUUCGCACUGGCUGACACUGUCUUUAGCACCCAGGACUUCCUCACUCUCUUCUAUACCCUUCGCUCCUAUGCCCGGGGCCUCCGGCUUGAGCUCACCACCUACCUCUUUGGCCAGGACCCCUGACCAUUCAGGCCUGAAGGAAGAUCUGUGGAUGGACAGGAGCAGGCAGGCCUGCAGACAUCCACUUGCUGGAACCCAUGUACAGACAGGGACAUACUCAAACCAUACAGAUACUGAGGUCCUGCUGGACAAGGAGGGACAUAACAUGCUUAUACAUCCUAUACAGAGACCCAUGGGAACAAAUGGGACAUAUAUAUUAGAUGCCAAGACCUGUGUGUACUGCGGGAUCAUGCACUCACUCAUCCAGAGAGGGAGUCCCACGUAUACCUAGGGGGCCAGUCAUGUUUCAACACAUAUCACAAGCUUCACUCACUAACUCAGGCCUUUCCAGAGAUUCCUGUCUGCAAUCGGGCUCUGGAGUUAAGGGUGGGGUGAGUAUUAUUACACUCUGCCUCUGCCUGACUCCUCAACCCAGCAGUAAUCUGGGAAGGGGGGGUGGGUAAAGGGGAAGAGGAGCUGCCUAUUGGAGGCCCCCUUCACCUACAGCUAUGAUGUCCUUCCCCUUCACCUCCCUGUCCUCACCAUAUGCCUUAUCCCCAUUCCACUUCCCUGCUAUGCAAGUGCCCCUGCAGCUUGUCCCCCACCCUCUCAGCAACCAAGUCAGUUGGGGAACCAGAGGAAUGUAGAGAAUGCUGAAUUAAAGGUCCUCCAUCUCCGAAAGACCCCUGUCCUUCCCUUGGGGUAUGAUGGGAAACUUGGGGUCUCACCACUGAGGAGAGGCCUGAAGAGGUAGGCCUGGGUCCAAGGGGCCUUCUCUGGCCUAGAGAAGGUUUUCUCUGUAUGUGCGCACGCACACCACCAUCACCAUUUCCAGAACACUGCCUGUGCUAUAUUCUCUGUCCAUCUGUCUGUCUGUGUUAAUAAAGACCUAUUGAACAGUU